GACCCAGUGAAUCCGAUCAGAAAAUGAUGAAACGUUUCCUAUUCUUAGAAUAUGAUCAUUCUGCACGUCAGCAUUAAAGAUCCCAUUUUGAAAACAGCCGUUGUCUUUGAAGGUAUCUGUAAGAAAAAGGUCACAGAGAAAGAGUUCUAAUCCAAGACUAUAGCCUCAUCCAUCCACCCACCAGCAUGACAGACGAGACAGGCACAUCGGUGAACAACCCCGAUUACAGUCCCAAGAAAACCCUGAUUCCAAACAGUGACAUCGAGGUCGUUGUUAUAUCCGAGACCGACGCCAAGGUCACUUACCGAACAUGGUACACACUGCCAACACUCCGGUUCAUCAACGUGGUCCAAGCUAUGGUCUUAGUGGAUGCAGUGCUGUCCAUUAUUCUAUGGUUGACAGGGGGAACAUCUAGUUACUUUGUUGACAACAUUCUAACCUUUCAUCUGAGACAGUCAGUGUUUGACCUUGCCAUUAUUGCCGCUUGUAAAGCCUUGUUCCUGAUCCCGUUCUACAGUCUUCUAGAAGAAUCAUUUUAUCAUCAGAUUCAGCACCCAUUCCAGCAGAAAUUCCGCAGAAAUGCACGAGUGUUUCAUGCAUUGGUUGUGUUCCUCUCCUUCACAUUCCUGGCGUUCUCGGCCACCAAAGGAGGACUUGUAUUGUAUUCCUUCCUGGAAGACCCCUCCUACCCCGGAAUGCACCCCACAUACUACGCCCUCGUGAUCAGCGCCGGUUGUUUCAGUCUGUUUGAAUUCUUCAUGAGUCUGUGGAGUUUUGUGGCCUUGCGGAAGCUGGAGUCAAUCCGUGUACGCCACAGAGUCAACGAAAAGGGGGAGGAGCUGGAUGAAGAGGGGAAGCCGAUUGAGAAAUCUGUGGACCUGAAACGACUGGUCAUAUUAGCGAAACCAGAAGCCGUACUCCUGGUAGUUGGAACCCUAGGUCUGCUGGGGUCCAGCGUAGCCACUAUGUUUGGACCCUUGUUCUUUGGGAAAGUGGUCGAUGCUGCCCAAAGGAGUCUUGAUGAACUCAACAGAACUGUGUUGGUGCUGCUGGGGAUCUUCAUAGCGGGCGCUGUUGCCGGCAUGGUCAGGGCAUGGUUCUUCGUCCUGGCAGGACAGAGACUCGUGGCCAGGCUUCGGAAGGAUCUCUUUGGAUCAGUUAUCCAGCAAGAAGUUGCGUUUUUCGACCAAAACAGAACUGGAGAGCUGUGUAAUCGGCUGUCCUCUGACACUCAAGUGAUCCAGAACUGCCUUACAGUUAAUGUGUCCAUGUUGUCGAGGUAUUUGCUGCAGAUCAUUGGUUCACUGGCACUCAUGUUUGUGUUGAACCCAUCUCUGACCGGCGUCCUUCUGGCAGUGGUGCCGGUCGUGGCCAUUGGCGCCGUCCAAUAUGGAAAGUACAUGAAGAAGUUGCGGAAAGACUUCCAGGAUCGGUUAGCGGAUGCCGGAACUCAAGCCGAGGAGGCACUGUCCAGUCUACGCACUGUCCGGAUGUUUGUUGGGGAGCGCAAGGCCAUGGACGAGUAUGGGGCUGAGAUUGACAAGAGUUACAGAGUUGGCAGGAAGCUUGCUCUGGGUCAAGGCACGUUUGAGGGGGUUAUCGGUAUAGUGGCCCAGUCUGCUGUUGUCACAGUGCUGUGGUACGGAGGGAAGCUGGUGUACGAGAACUCACUGGAUGCUGCACAAGGAAUAACUCCAGGCAUCCUCACUUCCUUCUUGUUGUACACACUGCAAGUUGCUAUGGCGUUUGCACUGCUGUCCUCCUUGUAUGGGGAUUUCAUGCAGGCUGUUGGAGCUUCUGCAAGAAUCUUCAAGCUGAUGGAUCGUAGUCCUGAUGUUCCACUCGAAGGGGGAGUAGUGCCCUUGACCUUUGAUGGAGAGGUUGAGUUUGAUAAUGUUCACUUCACAUACCCAUCCCGACCUGAUACUGCAGUCCUCAAGGAAUUGUCAUUCAAAGUUCAUACUGGCCAGAUGGUGGCACUAGUAGGACCAUCAGGGGGAGGUAAAUCUACCAUCGUGAGUCUCAUUGAGCGGUUCUAUGAUCCAGACAGUGGCAGAAUCUUACUGGGAGGGCAUGAUCUGAAGACCCUCGACCCGGCCUGGUGCCGCCACAAGAUGGCGAUGGUGAGCCAAGAGCCCACGCUGUUUGCCUCCUCCAUCAGAGAAAACAUCGCCUACGGUAAAGUAGCUACAGACACGGAGGUUGAAGAUGCGGCCAAGCAGGCAAAUGCUCAUGAGUUCAUCAUGUCAUUUGAAGACGGCUACUCUACCAAGGUGGGGGAGAGGGGGGUGAGGCUGUCUGGGGGCCAGAAACAGAGGAUAGCCAUCGCUAGAGCCCUCAUCAUGGACCCGGUCAUCCUGCUGCUGGAUGAGGCCACUAGUGCUCUAGACGCCGAGAGUGAACACCUUGUCCAGGAGGCCAUAGACCGCGCCAUGAAGGGAAGAACGGUCAUCGUCAUCGCUCACAGACUCUCAACUGUCAGGAAUGCCACACAGGUGGUUGUUAUUGACAAAGGGCACAUAGCUGAGCGAGGGACUCAUGACGAACUCCUGGAGAAAGAUGGAGUUUACAAGCGUCUUGUCCUGCGUCAGCUUAUGGCAGGCGAUAUGCCUGGACAAGCUCCAGAGACUGAUGAACAGAGCGAGUCGAACAACGCGACUGAUGGCAAGUCAGGGACAGAUGUACCAGUUUUAUUGUAGACAUUGGUCAGUGCUUCGCUAGGUUUAUGUAUUGCAAAUUAUUCAUUUAUCUGUGAAUAUGUAAGUCCGCUUUUGGUGCAACGAAAUGAGGCCUUGUAAAACUAUGAGCUUUUGUGAAUCCAACAGUGGAUUGAUAUUGAACUGAUAUGUGAAUUAUGUCACUGCAAGGUUUCAGCAAAUUUUGCAAGGGUAAUAUUUAUAAGUGUGAAUCUGAAGCUAUGGCUUGAUGUGCUGUUUUAAAAUAGCACCUACAAUGCAAAGGAAAAUGGCUUAUAUAAAUCUGUGAAGUGUUGAGGCUGUGAACAAGGUCACCUUUGACUGUGAUAUUAUGUAAUGUUGGACUUAGAUAUUGUUGACAACACUGACUAGGUUGUGUUAUCAUGUUGACAGAUACAGGAUAUAUUUUUAGAUUCUGUCAUAUUUGUCACUGGUGAAGACAUGAAAGAUGUGUUAGAGAGUUAUUUUUCUACACUCACCCCAUUUCAGUCCCAUGUGCAAUAAAUUUUCAUCCAUUUUGUCCAUUGUGACUGAUUAGACCUACAAUGCACCAUUGUUUCCCAACAUCACAUUUUGUUUCCGAUUUCUAUUUCUAUUGAUUUUAUGUCUUUCAAGUGAAGCCAUGAUUUUGUUCUAACGGCAAAUCUUGUGUACGGUGAAUAUAUAACAUGCUUGCAACAUGAGCCGAAGGUUUAGGAAGCAAGAUACUAUUACUCGUACAACUAAUUAUGGAUAUUGAAUA